UGCAAGCAUCCCUUAGGUUUGUGUAGAUUCAUCUUUGUUCAUAUCAUGCCCUUUCCCGUUUAAGGAUUGGAUGGGACUUGCACUUCUAGGUUAAAACUUCUAAAUAAUUUACUGAUUACUGCUUUUUUUCAUGGUACAGUGCUCAAGUGAGCGAUGUGGCCCAUGGGCCUCUUCUCUGAAUUACCUCUACCAACCCCAUCCAACACCAACACACCUGCCUCCCAAAUAAAAGUACAAAAUUACAUGAAUUUUAGUUCAAACAUUGUUUAAUUUUCCAGGGGACUAAUGGUAGGAAAAUCACCGUCCUCCAUGAAGGAUCUGGAGAUUACUCGACCAAUGUUUCUCAACCAAAUAGACCACCUUGCUUCUUAGAAGAACUUUUUCAAGAUGAGGCUGACUUGAUUCAUCUUCAGAUGAGGCAGCAGCAGCAAGGCCAACAGAGUGUUUCUUCUCAAACAGACACAGUUGUUAUUCUUGGACCUGAUGAUGUGUUGCCUUCUCAGAAUCCACCAUCUUACAACAACAUCUUGAAGAUUUUGAAAGAACUUCAGAAAUCCCAACAGGAAAGUAAACAAAUGAUUCAGGACUUGUCCAAGGAAAUGAAGGAGAUGAAACAAAAUCAGCAAAACACCAGGAUGUCCAUUGGUUCCCUUCUGCAAACAUCAAAAGAUCUCCCAGAACUGGUUGUCAGCAAUCUUCUUGAUGUUUCUGUGGAAACAGCCCAAGGAUUGGAACAAUGCCUUCAUGCCAAAGCAGCCACAAACUCAGAGGAGACGGAAAAAGCAACUGUAGAUCAGAGAAAGUCUGCACCAGUCGUCUUAUCUACAAACACUCCCCUUUCUUCCAAGACCAGCAGCUUUAGAAAAACAACAACCAACAGAUCAGUUGUCAGAGAUAUACAGGUAUCACCUCAAACAAAUCAACCGGAAGUCAUCAGCAAUCCAUCAACUUCCUUAAAAGUGACAAGUAACAAUCCGACAUCCAAUGCCACAAGCACCUCGUCACCAGCCAACAAAUCGAAUACGUCAGUCUCAGAAACCACAACCACUACGGAAACAACAAGCGCACCUUCCAAUACCGAGUGCAUCAAUCAAGAACCUACUGCUACUUCAGCCACGUCUGUCACAACUACCAGUACUGAUACUACAUCCACAGCUUACUCAUCAAUCCUGGAAUCCCCAGACUUGGCAAAUACAUCACCCACUACCUGUUGUACAGUAAACACCGCAUCAACAAACAACACUAGCUGCUCAUCAGUGAUUACCCAGCCUAUCAACACUAGUACUCCAGUACCAUCAACAAACAACACCAGCUGCUCAUCAGUGAUUACCCAACCUAUCAACACUAGUAGUCCAGUACCAUCAACAAACAACACCAGCUGCUCAUCAGUGAUUACCCAACCUAUCAACACUACUCCAGCAUCAACAAACAACACCAGCUGCUCAUCAGUCAUUACCCAACCUAUCAACACUACUCCAGCAUCAACAAACAACACCAGCUGCUCGUCAGUCAUUACCCAACCUAUCAACACUACUCCAGUACCAUCAACUCUACAAGCUGAAGACACAACGUCACCAUCCCCUGCCAGCCAAACCUCUACAGCCAUACUGACAACAAUAGACAUUAAUCAAGCAGCAGCUAUUCUCCCUGCAUCAGCAGACACUUUGAUAGGAAGGCAGAGCCAGCCAGCAUCCACCAGCUCCUGUGCACAGAAAAAAUCGUUCAAGCUGAACUGUUUUUCGGGACCCAUAGUCGAGAUAGAGGGACCACAGGACAUUCAAGGGAUACCAGAGAAUGCAGAGAUCCGAAUAAAACAGAAAGUAACAUCGGAAGCUGCCAUGAAUGCCUGUUCAAAAGCCAACUUUGGAUGGAUUCUUGCGCAGCAAAUGUACAAAAGGGAGGAAUUGAUGGGCAGGAAUGUGUUUGGCAACAGGAAGAACAUUCUUCCCAUUUCCCCACGACGUCGCCAUGCCCUUGAGCAUGCGGUAGCUGAAGUUUAUGGGAUGUACAACCAAAACAUGAAGGAGGCAGUGAAUGGAAUCAACACGGGACUCAGAAGUCUAAGGAGACGAUUGCCAUUCACCCCACAGGACCCUAACAUUCCAAUGUAAUGUCCAUUUGACAAGGUUAUGUAAAUUUGGAUCUUGAAGGAGACUUUCAACUCGGUGCAUGUCAAAAUACAAGACAAGUGUAGUGUUCCUUUUUGUAAAAUGUGCAUGUACAUAUCAAUACUUCAGAUUAUUAACAUAUUCAAAAUGCAUCUGUAGAGAACACAAUAUUUUGUUAUAGAAGGAUGAAAGUAUUUAUUUUAUUUAUGAAUGUGUAUGGACUAUAUAAUCUUCAUGAUAUCAUUUCUUUGCUUCGACAUAACAUAAAUAAAUUACUAUUUUUUUCAUUAUGGCCUAUUGCAGUUUUAACGAUGAUUUAUGAAUUUGCACUUGCAGAACUGUACUGUAUAUUCCUUAUCAAAUGUAUUCAUUAUUUCAUUUGCUUUUCCAAAACAAAAAUAAAUUGUAAUUUGUAUCAUCAUGAUUGCAUUUUGUUUAUACUCCCAGUCCAAGUUAAUCUUGUUGAUUGUGGAGGUAUUUCAGUGACACCUAAACAAAGCUUAGAUAAAAAAUUUGUUUGCAGUUGCCUACCGCCUAGCUUUUUUCCAGCUUGUAUGUAUUAUAAUUUUUCAGGUUCAAGUUUCCAUGAUAUCAGCUCUU